GCGCGAGCGAGGGGGCUGGGGAGCGAGCGUCACUUUGGAAACUCGGGAACUCACGGAUUCUCGUGCUAAACCGGCGACCUCCUUUUCUCAUUACUGAAGUCCUUGCUGUUGGAUUUCAACCGCGGGACAAACGGAGGGGAGAGAGAGGAGAAGGAUAAGUCAGGAGGGAAGUGAGAGACCGGGUGAGUUUGGCGCAGACAGUUGCGCAUUAGCAGGUAAACUGGGGUCCAAGGUGCGCACUGAGCCGCCUAUGAUACCAACAAUACGGAUGGAAAGAACUUUAAUGUGGAACCCUCACAUUGUUCUGCAACGGAGGCUGAGAGUAGAGACAGACUGGCAGUUUAUAUUAUAACUUAGAGGACAGCGCAGACAGUCAGCCGACACUCCGUGCGUCACCGUAGGGAUAAGUAGGAACAGGAGCCCAACAGGUAGCUGAGCAUUUAGGAGCAGGCCUUUUCCUGUGCGCACCUGGAGGCUUGUGUGCAGGAACAUGUCCAGAGAGGAGCAGAGCUUUUCAGAAGUCGAGCUCAGUCCGGGGAUGUCGGACGACAGUCGCUCCCUGUCGCCGGGUCACUCCUCCGGGGCGACGGGCGGCGGGGACUCGCCUCUCCACGGGCAGCAGCAGCCGCAGCUGGCCGGUCUGGACGACGCGUCGGCGGGCUGCUCGUCCGUCAAAUCCGACGACGAGGACGAGCGUUUCCCGGCAGGAAUCCGCGAGGCGGUGAGCCAGGUGCUCAACUGCUACGACUGGACCCUCGUGCCCAUGCCGGUGCGCGUCAACACCGGGAGCAAGAACAAGCCGCACGUGAAGAGGCCCAUGAACGCGUUCAUGGUGUGGGCACAGGCGGCGCGGAGGAAACUGGCAGACCAGCACCCGCACCUGCACAACGCGGAGCUCAGCAAGACCCUGGGGAAGCUGUGGAGGCUUCUUAAUGAGAGUGACAAGCGACCCUUCAUUGAGGAAGCAGAGAGGCUGAGGAAGCAGCAUAAGAAGGACUAUCCCGACUACAAAUACCAGCCGCGACGCCGCAAGAACGGAAAGCUCGGUUCCGGAUCAGGAAGUGAGGCCGACGGCCAUUUGGAGGGUGAGGUCAGCCACAGCCAGCCCCACUACAAGGGCCUCCACCUGGAAGUGGCCCACAGUGGGGGAGCCGGGUCUCCUCUGGCAGACGGGCACCACCCUCAUGCUGCAGGUCAGAGCCACAGUCCUCCCACACCUCCCACCACUCCCAAGACGGAGUCUCAGCCUGGGAAGACGGGGGAUGGUAAGAGGGAGGGUGGCUCCCGUGGCUCAAUGGGAGCAGAAGCGAGCUCAGGUGCUCCGGGAUCUGGGAAACCUCACAUCGACUUUGGUAAUGUGGACAUUGGUGAGAUGAGUCAUGAGGUGAUGGCCAACAUGGAGCCUUUUGAUGUCAACGAGUUUGACCAGUACCUUCCCCCCAAUGGGCACCCAGGGGUUGGGCAGAGCGCUGGGGCAGGAGGAGCAGCAACGGCCUCCCCAGCCUCUCCGUACACCUACGGCAUCUCCUCAGCUCUGGCAGCGGCCAGUGGACACUCAGCAGCCUGGCUCUCCAAGCAGCAGCCACAGCAGCACCACGGCUCCACUCUGGCCUCGGACCACUCGAAGGCUCAGAUCAAGAGCGAGUCUGGAGGUGCCGGAGGUCACUUUGCAGAAACGGCCUCAGCGGGUUCCCACGUCACCUACACCCCCCUCAGCCUUCCUCACUACAGCUCAGCCUUCCCCUCACUGGCCUCAAGGGCUCAGUUUGCAGAUUACGCUGACCACCAGGCCUCAGGGUCUUACUACGCCCACUCCGGCCAGGCCUCGGGGUUGUACUCCGCCUUCUCUUACAUGGGGCCCUCCCAGAGGCCCCUGUACACCGCCAUCACCGACCCGGUCAGCGUAUCGCAGUCGCACAGCCCCACGCACUGGGAACAGCCUGUCUACACAACACUGUCGCGGCCAUGACAGACAACGAGACCAGAGCGCGCCGGUGCAGGUUCAGCCCCAGUGUCAGACCAAAGGAGCAGCAGCGUCGGAGGUAUCAGUGGUGAAGCUGGUCUGGUCAGGGGGGAGUGGGCAGGCACCGGGGGAGUCGGCUGGGGAGGCAGGAGGGAAGAAACCCUGCUCUGCUUUUGCCCAGAUGUGAAAAUGCCGUCACAGCCCAAGGAUGAGCUUGGACUGUGAUGCUUCUGAAGAGUGGCACACAGUGGAGCCGUCAGAGAGGGUUUUACUUUGGUAAAAAAACAAAAAACAUCCAUCCACAACAGCACCUCAGCAAAGCCUCUGGCGCUCCAAACAACACACAAAUUUCAUGGGUGGUGAGGAAUCGUGUCCCUGUCGGUUUGGUGACUUGACGUGUAUGGGAGGGGGCGCCUGGAGCCAACAGGCGGGUCAGCAGCAGCAGCAGCACAGUGAGAAUCACCUGGAUCUGGACUGUGACGGACAUGACUGAGAGGGAGCCAAGUUCAUUCUAAAUGUUUUUGUAACGCCACGAGAACGGAGUGCCAAAGCUUUUGCUGGCAUUUCAGACAAACAUUUAUCGAGCAGGAAGUUUUUCGAUAACGUUGUUUUUGUCCCUGUUUAACUAAAAUGGUCGUCUGUGAACAGCCACGGGAGACAGAUGGCGUAAACCCUCAGAGGGGUUCUUCAGUGAAAUGUAUAUUUAGUGAAAACCGGUUUUCAUGAUGGCUGACGUUUAUCAGGAUAGUUUGUAUGAUGUACUUGAAGUUGCAAAUGUACCUUACUGAUGCAUACAGAUGUUCAAUAUUUGUAAAAUGACCAAAGUUUUGAGACCAAAACUUCAUGUUUACUUUUCAUAGAAACUGAUCUAGAGGUUUCUCCCAACGCGACACUCAAAACUACCUUACAUUUCGUAGCCAAUUAGUUUUCUCCCUCAGCUGUGACCCGUGUGUCCAGGAGGACUUGUUGUAAAUUGUUUUUUUUUGUGUGUGUGUCAAAAGCUACUUUGGCCUUUUUCUCACAACGGCACUGAUGAUGAUUUUCGUUGGUUUCUGACCCAUGAACGACGAUAAAAGACAAUUCUAUUUAUACUCAGAUAAUCCGUAAUCAGCGGUCACAGCGUCGCUACAGAACUGUUGUUCUAACACGUGACUGUACCGGUAUAUAUCAUCGACGUGUUAUUAUCCUCACUGAAUGUCUGCACCACUGCCUUCUGCUCGUGUGUAAAUCCAAGACGUGCGUAUCGAACAGUAUUCAGCGUGAAAAUACUAUUUUAAUACAUUUACAACAUGGGUGAUGCCAAUACUGAGAGCGUUUUAACACAACAUUAAAUAUGUAACAUGCCUUGUCCUUAAUAACACAUUUUACAAACAGAUGGACCGGAGAAGUAACCGCCUCCUGUUUUAUGUUAACUCAUUUGUUUGUGUCAUUUUUAAACUGUUCUUCUUGCUGUUGUUUCUCUUCUUGUCACAAAUACUUCUUUAUUUCUUAAAUAUAUCUGUUAAACUAUUUAACUUGCUUUGUUUUUAUGCACAAUAUAUUACUACUGGAUGCAGAUCUGAGCUACAUACAGGCACCGCUGCUUGUUUUACUGCUUAGUUGAAGCUUAAAGUCCUUAUUUAGCCGUUUACCUCCAAAACAAAGCCCUUCCUGCUUUGUGUGAAAUAUGCGUAACUUUGCUUUGAAUUUUACAUUCUUUAUUUAUACCUGAUUGAAGUUUGUGUGCACUGUUGUUCAUCUCUAUUCAGAGGACGUCUUACCGCCAUUUAAGUAUUUCAUUUUUCCCGUUCUUGUGUAACCGUCGGCAGAGCUUCUAAACAACAGCAGAAAGCCUAAACAUGUGAUGAUGACGCAUGAUCUUUUAUUCUCCGCUUGAAAUAAAGCUCUUAUUAUUUCUGCUUGA